AUGCCAGAAUCACCUUACUUCCUCUAUUCGAAAAAAGAAUGUCAUAAACUGGAACAACUUUUGAGACAAAUAGCUGAAUUAAAUCAACGUCAAGAAUCCGACUGCUAUCCUUAUUAUCAAGAACUACUAAAAACCACGUCGUUAAGAGUUCUACAACAAAAGAAACUGUCAUAUAUUCGACAAAUAAAAGAAUUGUUAACACAUGUACCAACGAUACGAAAAUUAUUGAUUAUUGGUGCAAUAGGAUUUACAAUACUUUUAAGUUACUCUAUAUCAAAAUAUCCUUCGGAUUGGCCGGGUAUCCUGCUACUACUACACAGUAUUUUACCAGAAUCUCCUCGUUCGAUGGUCAGCAAAGGACGAUUUAAUGAUGCGGAGAAAGUACUGAAAUGUAUUGCUACAACAAAUGAACGAAAUUUCGAUCAAAAUGCAUUUGAACAGCUAAAACGUGACCAGGAAAAGGUACAAAAUACAGUUAGAUAAGUUGAUAGUAAGAAGGAAAAUUUUCUAAAUGAUACUUUUUGCAUAAAAAAUAGGAAGAGAUAUGUAAUUGAUGGCGUACAUUGUGCACUCAAGUGAACUUUUGGCCAAAAAUUGAAAGUGCGCAUUUUCCAGACUCGAAGAGGGCUAAGCUCACACAAAAUUCUAAAAAUCUUCAAUUAUUACCGCUAAACACGCUAACUUUCAAACUAUUAGCGCUACUUUGAAAACUAGCCUGCUGAGUAACUAAGUUUUUAAGAUAUGAUAUUAAUUAUCAGUCAGAUCAGACAUCGCUUUCAAUUGUAUUCGGGUUUCGAUUAAAUAAUUUCAAAAUAAAAAAAAUAGUCGUCUCAUUCACUUUAAUUUCAACCCUGGGUUUGUUGCAAAUCUAACAAAUAUCAGCUAAACUCGAAUUUCGUAAAUAACUACAAAUAUCUACUGUUUUAAAUAAUAUUGAUUUCAAUGUUAGACUAUCUUAUAUUUUUAUUAUUUUUUCAUACAUAAGACAAAUGAAUUUUAAUAAAUAAAAUCUUAAAUGGUAAUAAGCUUGCUUUUCGCCGUCGGAUGAAAAAUGGAUUUUAAAGGUCAAAAAUAUGAAAUUUGCUUUAUCUGACCGUACUAAAUUAUGAACAGAAACCUUAUCGCGCCUUCAUUUCUCAACAAAAUUGCUUCAAACCAUCAGAUCUUUGUUAACCUUUAUAUUAGUUUUUCGUUGUUUUUCCUAUAGAAAAGAGUAACACAUUGUAAAAUAACUCCUUGAAUUAUGUAAUGACAUUAUGUAAUGACAUUUUACUUUUGGGUUCGAAUUGUUUUUCUUAAGAAAAUAGGGCUUAUAUUUGAUGUUGAAUACUUUAACACAGUGUAUGUUUCUGCUGUUUAUAUAUAAUUUUCUUUCUUGUAUCAAAAAAUGCCCGAAAUUAAGGGGUGUGUGUGUGUGGAAGCAAAAGAAAUGCCGUAGUCAACAUUUACAUAAGAAGUGACUCCAAUUAUUUUUACAAUUAUAUAACUUACUAUAGAAACAAUGAAAAGCCGAGUUUUCUGAAAACUGGUGAACGGCACUAGUUAAAUACUUGAAGGCAGCCCAAAAUGAGGGUAGGGGUACCCUUAACACAACAGUUAAUCUAUUAAUUCAACUAGACUCUGUAUCGUCAGUGAAUUCUAAUCUUUCCGAACAAUUUUCAAAAAUGCGGUCGAAAAAUAAAUUUCUCAAAAAGUUCUAGAAAUUUUGGAAAAUUUUCCCCAUCUUUGGUAAAUUGAAAUAUUAAAAAAAAGACAUUAUUCAAUUAGAGCAGGUCUACUCGAAAGUAUUUCUUUGCAAUUUACACAUAUAGAGCUGCUCAUACCGCCAUAUACUGCUUGAGCUAGAGCCGGUCGGCGGAUGUACUAGAAUUUCGAGCCCACGCAGUAUAUGACUGUGUGAACGGCUACAAUAUAUGUGUAAAACUCUCAAAAAAAAUUUACGGAAUGGCUAUUGGCACUCCCGGGAGUGUCAACAAGAAGCUGUUGGUACUCCCAACAAGUGUUUGGGAGUGUCAACAAGGGACUAUUGGCACUCCCGGGAGUGGCAACUAGGAGCUAUUUCCGUCGCCAGGCAAACUUAGUGUAAAAGCUAUGUCGGAAAAGUGGUUUAUUCUCCGGAGCCGAGCAUUUUAAAUUAAAUGUUGUUCUUUUAAAGCUUUUUUAAUUUUUGAGUUGUUUGUAAAUGAGUUCUAAUCCGCGAGAAGUAUAAGUUAUUUCAAGUUUCUCUCCAGUGCAAUAUGGUUAAAUGAAAAAACAGUGUCACCGGCGUAAGUUCAAAUAGUGCACGUACAUUCUGUUUUCCGAAAAAUGAUACCUGUUUUUUUUCAAAGAAAACGCUGUGUUAAGAAUUAUACGGUUGCAAAGUUUACAAAUUAGCGUUUAUAGGUUUUUUAGUACUAAUAACGAAAGACUUCUUUUGUGAGGACAACAGUUAUUUGCUCAUGUUGGCAUCUUUCUCUAUUGAAUUCUUCAUUGAAAUAAAGUCUUGAUCACUGGUCUCUGUGCUUCUUGAUGUUAGUGCAUUAGCAGUAUUUUUACUCGAGCGUACCUCGAAAAUCAUACAAUAAAGUAAAAGGGUUUAAAUGGUACAAUUAAAUGGCUUACAAAAAGGUGUGCCAAUAGCUUCUGGUUGACACUCCCAAACAGUUGCUGGGAGUGCCAAUAGCUUCUAGUUGACACUCCCGGGAGUGUCAAUAGACUCACUACAGUUAAUCUAUUAAUUCAACUAGACUCUGUAUCGUCAGUGAAAUCUAAUCCUCGAAUGAAACCAUAAACGUCGAGAAAGCACAUACGAUUUUGAAUAAAUUUGUUUUACAACCAUUUAUUUGAGAAUUUGAAGCAAUUUGGUUUAAACUAUAUUUAUUUAAAGAUGAAGAAAUCCUAAUAACCCUCGCACUAAAUCGGCAAGUUGUCUUUACAUAGUUCAAGGAGUUAUUUUACAAUGUGUUACUCUUUUCUAUGAAGAGUAAGGAGAUUUUGAGGAAGGAGAUUUUGACAUUUUUCUACUAAAUAAUAAAAAGGUCAGUAAUAUAAAUCUGUAAUGCAAACUAUAAUGCUUCCCUUGCUCCUCACAUAAAAUAAUUGCUGUUUAAAUCAAUAUAAUAUAUACAUAGUCGUUCUAGUGUUAAGUUAUUUUUAUAGGUAUACUAUUUCAAAGAGACAAGGGAAAUUUUUCACAGGUAACUUAUUGCACAUCAAGAAUGUAAUAUAAUCACACAAGAAGCUUAACAAGUAGUUGAAAAUAUUGUAGUAUACAUUUGAGGAAUAGAAAAAGUACGUGUUAACGAUGCAGAUAAGGUCACAGCAGUGCUUACAAAAUUAGGUUUGUGUCAGGGCGAAUUCACUGGGGCUCUAGCUUAAUUAGAAACCUUUUUCCUCUUUAGAUUUCCACUGCACAAAACGAUACGAAUGAAAAACUCACGCAUAAGUAUGAGCGCACUAAAACUGAUAAUCAUCCCAAUGACCUCCAAAAUGAGACGGUAAUAAGGUCCCAGUAAUUCAAAGUUUGAGCACUAUUUUAUUUUUGUCUUUUUUAUACAUCGUUGAAUAGAGCAAGCCGAGUUGGUAUAAGCUUUAUUAGAAGAAUAGAGAGAAUAUAACAAUGGCAUAAACAGCAAAAAGAAAGAGGCGAACUCAUUACAUCAUUCUGACUGUUUAUAAUAUGAAGAACCCCUGCAAAGUUACUGUUUGAUAAAAACACACGAUGAAGACAAUAAUGUUUUUAAAACAAACAGAAAAGAGAAAAGAUAGAGAACACAACAGUCGUGAGAGGUAUGUCAUACAUUUCAUUGGUACAAACUAGGCCUCUCGUUUUCCAUACAGCGCUCAAAAGGUUUGAAUUUUUCCACGAAAAAACGAAGAUAUCCUUUUGUGCUACUGUGGUCAAAAUGUCUUUCACAUAAACAGCUGGAGAAACAGACUGUUAAGUCUAGAGACUUCUUGCACUAGUCCUAUGUUUAGUUCCUUUUCUUUUCUUAUUUUCGCACGUAUCAAGGCACGGGAUUGUCUUCUCACAUGUCAAGACACGAG